CUGUUGGAAACAGAAAAAAUGGCUGCUCCAGAAAUGACAGCCCUUCUAAAAAGAGGAAAGCGGAGUGUUGCUCAGACGGUAAAAAAUGAAUGCAUCAAACACAACGAUCAACAAAAGCUAAGAGAUUUAUUGGAUUAUUUAUUGAACCCAGAAAAAGCGAUCGAUGAGCCCGAAACAUUGGAUUGGUUACGCUGGUUGAUCGCUGGUGGAAACACAUACGAAGAAUUUUCUAAAACAGUUCGACAGUAUGACAAUGCUGUCACAUGUGGCCUUGUGUGGACUACCAAUUUUGUGGCAUACCGGUGCCGCACGUGCGGGGUAUCGCCAUGCAUGUCGCUCUGCGCCGACUGCUUUCAAGCUGGGAACCACGAGGGCCACGAUUUCAACAUGUUCCGCAGUCAGGCGGGAGGGGCAUGCGACUGCGGAGAAGUCAGUGUGAUGAAUCCUGCAGGGUUCUGUCCGAGACAUGGCCCUGACAGACAGCACACCCAGCCCCAGCCCCCUGGGGAUCUCCUGGCAGUGGCUGAGACCAUGAUGCCCAGGAUUAUACUGCGCCUAAUCUACCACCUAAGGGACAACUCAAAACCUGAAAUGACAGACACGUACUUGUUGGCCAUGCAGGAUGCAGAGCAGUUCCUCUCCUUCCUGCACAGCCUUAGUGACAUGGGGGCAGCCAUGAGAAGGGUGAUGGCCGGAGCUCUCACUGACCCAGACCUGUACUCACAUCUCAUCAACAUGCAUAUCUCAGUAUCUGUCUCCCAUCCCUGUCCACCUGGACGAUUGUGCCUGGAGAGUAUCCACACAGCAAAACUUGUCCUGAAUCUGUCACAUGUAGGCCAGUCUUCCAUCCACAGUAUAGAGAUACAGAGCUCUACCAUCUGUAAUGUACAGGUUACCAUGCUGAUGGGCAAUACCAAAGCAAUUAUGUUGGAACUUCAGUAUCCUGUCCUUUAUCAACUGACUAUUGAUAACUCUGAUGAAGUGGACUUCUUUGUUAUACACAGUGAAGCAGAGGCAUCUAACAGUUUCUACAUGAAGAGCAAGCGGGACUAUGAGGCUGCCGUGGAUUCCCUGCAGUAUCCUCGAGGAUUUGAUGAGCUGGACGAUAUACCUGGGUUGAACCAGAAGCUCGUCCACAAGACGUUCCUGGAGGAGCUUGUAUUCUGGACGGUGAAAUUUGAAUUUCCUCAGAAGAUCGUGACCCUCCUGUUGAGUCUGCUACCAGAUCUUAGAUACAAAGAAGCAUUCACCCGAGCUUUCAUCCAGCACUACAGCCGGAUAUCACGCGUGCUAGUAAAGGCGCUGGACCGUCAGACAGUGGCCAAUCGAGUGGUCCACAUCAGUGUACAGCUGUUCUCCACUGAGACCCUGGCGUGUCAGAUGGUCCAGGAGUACAACCUCCUAUACGUGCUCAUUGUCAGCCUGAAGAACAUGAUGGAGCAGAUACUAACUGACAGCACGCUUCAAGACUUACAUCAGAACUUCCACCAAGUGGUGGACUGCAGCCACGAGUCAAUGAAGGACCACUGCUAUUGGCCCAUCAUCAGUGACCUGAUUAACCUACUGUCACACGAGGACAUCGCGUACAAGUUCCUUUCUGAUAUGAAGCUCGUAACGAUGUGGCUCGACUUUCUGUCAUAUUUUCAAGGAAUGAAUCUGAACACCCGAGAGCUACACCAGCACGUAGAGUUCGAGCCAGACACCUACUACGCUGCCUUCUCUGCUGAGCUGGAGAUCUCUGCCUCACCCAUGUGGUCUCUGAUAUCCCAUCUCAGACGAGAGAACUCGUACUAUGUGACGAAAAACAUGAUACAGGCCUGCCAGGAAUCACUUCAAGACUGGUUUGAUGCCAUCUCAUGCAAGGAGUCUACCAAUCCCAACCCCCUGCAGUUGACGUUCCACCUGCCCCUCCAUCGCUACCUGGCCACGUUCAUGGUGCAGGCCGUCCAGUAUCAGCAUCAGGAUCUUCUGGCAGUAGUACCUCCAGAACGCAUGCUCAAGACUUUGCUCAUUCACGUUCUGCAGAUACAGGUAGCCACAGCUGAGAUCUACAGCAACAUGUGGGUGCGUAACGGCCUCCAGAUCAAAGGUCAACCCAUGACCUACGUCCAGUGCCACUUCUGCUACUCAAUGGUGGACGCUGACAUUUACCUUAUGCAGGUGUGUGCUUGUAGACUGGAUCCAGACUAUUUCGUUCAGACUGUGAUAGACAGGUUUCACAUUAGUGACUGGUUGUCAUUCAAUCCAGAACCUGGGGCCAGGAUCUACAAAAUGGAAAAGGAACAAGAAUUGGCCAUUGUUGAGGGUGUUUUGCAAUUUUUCACCAUGCUGCUGCAUAUACGGACAUAUUUAGGCAUGGAAGACAAGGAGCUGACACGUCUAGAGAUGGCCACCUUGCUGUUUGUGGGCGACCGCCAGCACAGCCAGCUCAUGGACCUGAUGCCUGAGAAAUCUGGGAUGACAGGGCACGGGAAGGACCUGUUCGAGCCCACGCUCAAGGAUAUCUCCAAUUUCAAGGCGCCCAAUUUCGAGCCCGGAGGAGGCCUGCAGCAGGGGACCUAUGUCCCGAAAGAUGAGCUUUGGGAGACAGAGUUUGAUCCGGUGCACGUCUUGUUGAGAUCCGUAUACAAGAAUGACUUCCAGUCAGCUAUGGACAGAUACACAGAGUUUUUACGAAGGAAGGGUAAUUUCAAGGGCAAAGGCCAGCCCUGGCCCCCUUUUAAAGCCCCUGGAAAGAUUCAGGAAUGCUACCGGGCCAUGUACAGGAUUCUUCACUGCAAAACCAUGCACUCUCUCAUCUUUACCGUCCUUCAAAAGGUAUUGAAAGACAGCAGUUUGCCGGAGAGUUUCAGCUUUUACGCUGUUCACCUUCUCGAGUUGGCAAUCACUGUACCAAACCCUGAUGGUUCUAAAAGAGUCAAACCGUCUCCGGCAAGGGUGCCAGACAAGAGUUACAGAGACUGGUUUUCUGGCAAUGACAUCCUGGAGAACGUAAAGCAGACGAUACGUGAGGUGGAGGUAUCCCUGAGCGUAGAGAGGGAAGGGUCGCCACGUCUGUCCCUGGACACAUCAUUCGAAUCUUUUGAAGAGAUGUUCCAGUUGGCGCCUAGCGCUUUAGCAGGCCCAAGUGGUCCUAUCACAGCAGCCCACACUGGACACAUCCCAUCAUUCCAUCUGUCGCCCUUGACAACGACUUCAGGUAACCCCCAGCCAAGUAUUCUCACCGUCCUCCCGUCCACCAGCGGAACACGUCCCAAGUUCGAGACCAGGGGCAUGACCACAGAACGACAGAGAACGAAAAUUGUCGCUAUCAACGAAAGCCUUAUGACUAUUUUGUAUAAGCUCCAUUCUAAACUGUCGGGAAAGUCGAAUUCGUAUGCGCCGCCGUCUGUGAGUGGAAAUGGCAGCGGGAUGGAGAAUGGAGGAAAUGGGGAGUUUUAUGUGAAGAAAGUCCUUGAUAAGCUAUGUCAGAGCAGCACAGAUUGCGCCAGAGCGGUAGAAGACCUCUAUCAAGCCAAUAAACCCAAAGAGGCUGGAACCUCAAAGAAAGGAAAGUCUAUGGACACUGAAACUAGACGUAAAAAGGCAAGAGAGCGUCAACAGAAGUUGAUGGAAGAGUUCGCAUCCAAACAGAAGGCAUUUAUGGAGCAAGCAAUGGAGACUGAAGAUUCCUCAACAACGGGUGCCUCAAAAAGUCCAAACAGCCCAGAUGGCAGUGGUCAUCCAGAGAGUAUGGAAUCAGACGAGACGUUGUACGACUGUGUGAUAUGUAACCAGAGUACGCCGUCCACUGCAGAGAGGACCAUAGGACUUGUCGUCUUUCUGCAAGCUUCCAGUGUACUAGGCCACAGAACACAGACGGACACCCGUAAGGUUCUCACGCUGGUUGACAAGACUCGACAGAGGAUCGUCAACUGCUCCCGCGUGCAGACGGAGAGGUUGGAAAAGCUCUUCAGAAACUUUGAGGAGAGCUCCUGUCAGACGUCUGUAAACAUUGGCUGGGACGGGGGUGUGCUGGUACAGACCUGUGGUCACUAUCUACACCUCGACUGCCACACUUCGUACGUCUCCUCAUUGCUGGGUCAGGGAGCCCACGCCAAUCUGCUGGUGUCUAAGGGAGAAUACUCCUGUCCACUGUGUGUGCAGCUUUCCAACUCUGUGAUACCCAUCAUUCCCGAGGAGAGCAAGUACUCCAUCACGCGGCCCGUCUCGCGCGACCCCCGCCAGAUGGCGCUGGACAUUGCCAGCAUGAUGAUCAAGAGGCCCAUUACUCCAGUAAUUGUGAGGUCACCGUUGGUUACCAAGGCGAUGGGCAGCAUGAUGGAGGACCUCACCAAUGCCACCUACGGGAUGUACAAGACCUACACCAGCUCACAGACCUCUGAGAGCGUGCUGCUCUUUGUUUGCUCAGUUGCAAGGACAAAUCUGGAGUUGGAGCUGUUGCAGAGAAAGGGGGAUUUGAGUCAGCCAUUGCCAACUUCAAGGAAACACUGCUUUUUGCCGUUACUCCAUGUACUGAGUAUGCACAGUAAGAUACUGACCACCAAGCCGUACACAGAUCUGUGGUCUCACAUCACCGGGGUCUCCUGCUCAGAAAAUACUACCAGUGUCUCGCUGUACCAGAAAGAGGUCCCAUUGUUGCUCAAAGAUCCUGUCUCACUGCUGAUACAGAUUAUUUUGACACUGCCAGCAACCAUUGAAAGAGGUCACUUUGAUUUCGUGGUACAGGUAGUGUACAACAUGGUCUUCAUUCAGUCCCUGUGUGUGAUGACGUGCAAGUUUACUGAGGAAGAGAGGGAGGCAUGGAAAAAGGGUAGACAUGUGGCAUUCAACACACUAGAGGAAUACACUGACCUUCUUGCGAUCUGCCAGUCUGUGUGGUCGCCCCUGAGUGUUGAGUCUUCCGUGCAGGAGUUGUGUGAACCAUUCCUCCGCAUGACUGCUCUCAUCAAGUUCCACAUCUUCCACGACGAGUUUCCAAAACGAGGGGUCCUGAGUGAUUUCCAGUACCUCAGCAGCUAUCUCCGUCUGAACGUGAAGCGUGACGCGACUGUGAUAGAGCCCAGCAAGCUCACGUCCGCGGCGCAGUGUGUGGACUGGCUGGUGGAGGAGGCUCACACACUCACCAGGGCUUGGUGCACUGACCUCAUCAACUUUGCCAACAAGAACCCCCAGGAUGGACGGACACUUCUGACAGUAAACACCCAGUGGUUUGGUCCACACCUUAUUCAGCUGCCUGAUCAGUACUACAAGAUCUUCCAGGCGUACCGUAAGAAGCAGUGUCCGGUGUGCAGCAACCCGCCCAAGGACCCAUGUGUGUGUCUCGUCUGUGGAAUGUUCCUCUGCUUCCGGGGGGCCUGCUGCAAACAGCAGCACUCAUACGAGUGUGUCCAGCACUCGGUGGAGUGUGGAGCGGGGACGGGUAUCUUCCUGCUCAUCAACUCCAGUAUCAUUGUUGUGAUCCGUGGACCCCGCGCCGCCCUCUGGGGGUCUGUCUACCUUGACGAGUAUGGAGAGGAGGAUAAGGAUCUCAAACGUGGAAAGCCACUUUACCUGAGCAAUGACCGCUACUCACUGCUUGAGGCACAGUGGAUUUCACACAGCUUUGAUCAUGCCUGUAAACGGUGGAUCUGGCAUCAGGAUAGACUGUAGACUGUGAACUGAAGAUUAGGAUAGACUGUGAUUAAAUAACUUUCUUCUGUCAGGAUUGAUUUUGAACUGACAGAAGAAUAGACUGUGAUCUAACAUCAGGAUUGAAAUAUGAGCCUCCUUCUGGAAAAACUGAGCUCAAUUCAUGUGCAUAAAGUGUCAGUCCAGAUUAGCGUGUGCAGUCGGUACAGUCUAUUCAGGGAGGACACUUUCUGCUUUAAUGGAAUUUUUCGUUAAAAGGGGUCUUUUCUAAAUCCAGAUUAGGCAGACAAUGUUGUCUCUGAUUAUUCUGUACAGACUGCACAUGCUAAUAGAUAAUGACAUUUUAAGCAUUGGUUUUAAGUCUGUUCUUUAAGAAUAGGUUUGUGGAUAUGGGUCAUGAUAGACUGUGAUCUAACAUCAAGAUAGAAUCUGAUCUGGCAUCAGCAUACAAUGGUUUCUUUAAAUAGGAUAGACAAAUCUGCCAUCAGAAUACACUGUUAUCAAGCUCAAGGAUGGACUUUUAUCUGGCAUUCAGAUAUACUUUUUUGCAUUAGGAUCUGGGGAUGGACAUUUCAAGCAAACAUACAUAGUAUACCAGACUUUUAAAUAACUGUUAACAAAGUUAAAGAACAGAUUUGAAUAGAAUAAAUGUCCAGACUUUCAUAAAGUUGAUAUAAUUGUUUGUUAGUUAUAAUUAUCUGGGCUUGUGUUCACCAAACAGUUCUUAGACUGAAGUCUAAGAAUAACGAAUAUUUUUUAAAUUGGAAUAUUCAAGAAUUGCUUUAAUUUGAGUCAAACUUAGUAUGUACACCAUCUAUCUAUAUCAUUCUUUAUGUAGAAUAUUUUGUUCAUGGCAUAAUCAUCAGUGGAAGCCUGGAUCCAUUUUUAGCUCGGCUGUUUUCGGGGAAAACCCGAGGUAUUGUCAUAGCCAGCUCGUCUUGUCCGCCGUCCGUGUCAAGGUUUGUAAAGGUUUUUAACAUUGGCUCUAAAAUCAAAGUCCUUCCACCUACAACUUUGAAACUUCAUAUCAUUUAUGUAGAUGCACCUUGAUGAGUUCUUCACGCCACACCCAUUUUUGGGUCACUAGGUCAAGGUCACUGUGACCUUAAUUUUUUUUUUAAAUUCUGACAAGCAUUCGCAGCCGAGUGUGGCACCCGAUAUGCGGUGCUCUUGUUCUUGCUUCUAUGUCUAUUCUUUAUUCUUAAGUCUAAGAAUGGGUUGGUGAAUCUGGGCUGCUGGUAUAACAGAAUUCUUCUGUAAGUGAUCUAUUUAUCAGAUGGAAUUUUGUGAAUUGCGUUAUAGGUUUGAAUCAUGACACCAUAAAUGUACCUCAUGAUUGUUAAAAGUUGUUUUUGCUUUACUUUUGUACUCAUUAUAAAUACAUUUGACAUUGAGUUCCAUUUUUAUGAUGUGUGUGGCCU